AUGUCUGGAUUGGUAUCGUUUUUCAAAAACUCAAUAUCGAUCAUGUGACGGGAGCGAUCACGCCAAUCCACGAGAAAGUUUGGAAGCCACAGGUGAUUGGAAAAAUCGAGAAUUCGACGGAGAUUGAGCGAAUCAAUGAAAUAAUCGCUAAAUCGGCAAAAAUUUAUCAAAUUCCCGAAACAGUCGAUAAUUCGACUGAAGAGAUCAAGCCGAUUCACGAGAAAGUCGAAAAGCGACUGGAGGCGAUCAAAUCACCACCCAAAACAAUCGAUGAUUUGCCAGAACUGAAAUCAGGAGAUUUGCCAGACAAAAAGGUACUAUUUGUUUCCGGAAAAAGAUUUUACCAAAUUGUUUCAGACUCCCUUGUUAUCGAAGGAAUCAGUGGAGAAUCAGACGAACGAAUCGAUCGAAAGUGCCGGAAAUCAAUCGAUAGUGUCCGUCUCCAAAUGGGCGCCCAUCGCCAUCACCGUUCUCGUCGCCGUUUUUUCUGUCGUUUAUCAAUUUUUGUUGCAAAAACGCAAUAGAUUUUAUUAAACUAAUAAUAUUAAUUAAUUAAUGCACGUGUACGAUGCUCUGACGUUCGAAAUGUCCAAGUGAACGUGGCAAUUGGAAAGAAUCAAAUUAUUUCAGGCUAAAACGAUGGUCGGAUGGAGUUGUCUUCCACAGGAAAUGCACAUAGAAGUCAUUCAAUUUUGCGAUCUCGAAUCGAGGUUCUCAUCGAGAGAAUUUGUUGAUGAAAUGCACAUUUUUCUGCAGACUUCGUCUACGUCAAUGCUCGAAAUACUGGAAAUUCGUGGUCGACGCGACCGCGUGUCACAUUCCGCGAGUCCGAUUUCACGCCAGAAACGGAACAUACAAAAUACUGAUUUUUACGGGAAUCGAACAGAAAAUAAAGUUGGAAUUCGAUCAAAUCGACAUCGAAACUGUAAAGUGUCGACGGUGAGUUUGGAGAAAACGCCUUUUUAAUUAUUUUCCGGAACAAUCAGACUUAAAAAGACACAUUCCAGAACUCGCGAACUCAAAAAUGUGUCGGACACUCGUGAAUUCACAAUUUCCCACCCAAAUCACGGCGUUCUCGCCACUCGGACCAUCAAAAACAUUGUUGCGACGGCGCGUCAAUGCGUCGGCGGUUUCGAAGUGUACCUCGGUCGAAUGACGAUCGGUCAACUCGAGCGAAUCGACAAAGCACUGGGCGGAUGGGAAUUCCGCGCGAGACUGCUCCGAACCGAUCCGGACGUGCGCACGGGCCUGCCGUUCUUGUUGCGUUGUCAACGAGCUCAUUUGGAGGAGCUGCAAAAGUUCUCGAUAAGCCCCGAGAACGACUACACGCCAUACGAACUGGCGGAGGCGGACGCACGAAACGUCGAGCUACUACAAAAUGGCGACGAUCUACGAAAGCGCAUGUUCAUUUCAUACGUGCCCGCCAUCAAAUACACGACGUUGGACGGAAAAUCACCGGCAGAGAACACGAUUUUUUCGAUCGGUCAGUUAGUUUUUUCCCCCCGUUUGAAGACAAAAUCACGGUUUUGACAGGCUACCAAUACGAGACGAAACUCAGCGAGCAUCUCGAUCCGAUGGUAUUUUUGAACACGUUCGAGAAGCCGAUUAUCGAAAUGUGAGAGCGUUUUGUGUGAAAUAAUUAAUUCUUAAUUGACUUGUAGCGCUCCGAACGUUCACUUGAUGCAUUUCGAGCACGAAACCCAUUUGUGCUGCUAUACAUUAUCGCCAUGCGGUCUUUUGUUGAGAACGAAUGCCGACUAUUGCACCGAUUUUAUGGUCUAUGAAAAGGUUUCCGUUUUUGUGUUGUUGAAAUUGUUGACUAACAUUUUUGCAGCCAGAAAACACGUGCGACUUUCGCUGGACCUGCGAGAAGUGCGCCGAUCCGUUUGAAUAUUGGUACAAUGUGAAACGCAACAAGGUACGGUCGUUUGCAAACACCCGUCACGACAAAAGCGCGUUGAUUAGGAAUCGGACUGGUUCAUUUCGGAGGAGCACCUGAAAUUCGAGACGAUCUUUCCGACGGUGAACGGCCGCAAUCCGUUGCAGAACGAGUUUGCGAUUUGGGAAGCGCGUUGGUCGAACAUGGAAAAGGUGUUCCGGUACGGACCGUCUGUACUUUGGGAGUCUGAAGAGGACAAGGCGCUGGAGAGACGGAGGCGCCAAGCUCUGGUAAAUUUGAUUGCUAACCCGUUUGCGCUCCGCUGUACUUUGCGUCGUUUUUCGAUAAAGCCAUGUGAAAAUGUGUUGAAUGCACGAUUUGUGAACAAGAAAAGUGGUAAAAACUAGCAUUUUUGAUAAAAGUCGGCAAAAAACGCAAUUAGAGCGGAAACUGAAAUGAACAGAGUGCAGCGGUGCGCAAUGUUUCAAAUCGCAAUUGAUUUUCCAGAAAAUGAAAGCGGAAGAGGAAGGAGUCGAACGAAUCGAAGUGAUUCGACGCCAGGCGCCCGAUUCGCAGGACGAGUAUUUUGAAAUUCGUGCCAAUAAUUGGAGCGAUAAAAUCGUUUUGUCGGAACCGACACACAGCAAAUUUCCCUAUUAUUUCAAGUGUUUUCUCGCUUUCUCGCUGGCUCUUCUCGUCGCCGACCUCGUUUUCGUCGUGCUCCCCACGUUGGAGGAAAACGAGGAAAUUUGA